AUGAGCAAGCGCCGGCGGGGCUACCCCUCCGAAACGCAGGUGAAAGCCGGCGUCCGCGUCGUUCACGGCGACAAGCUGCUGGAAGAAAAGCUCGGCCGCAACGAUCUCUGCCCCUGCGGUAGUCGCAAACGCUUCAAGCGCACCGAUGACGACAAACAUAUGGGCGAAAGGGAAUCCGUCGCAUUCCUGGCAGAUGAAUCGCUAAUCGUCGAAGAAAAGCUCGACGGCACGAAUGUCGGCAUCCAUUUCGCCGAUGGCAAGCUGGUUCUGCAGUGUCGCGGCCACCUCAUCACCGAAGGGAUGCAUCCCCAGUACGAUCUAUUCAAACAAUGGACGGUUGUAAAGCUAGGCGUGCUCGAAGCGAUACUUGGUGAACAAUACAUCCUGUUCGGUGAAUGGGUUUACGCGAAACACUCGGUGCACUACAGGCAGCUACCCCACUACUUUUUUGAGUUUGACAUCUAUGACAAGCAGCAACAGUCCUUCAUCAGCCUAGAGCGUCGUGUCAACCUACUCGACGGAAGCGGCGUGCAGACCGUACCGGUGGUGCAUCAAGGACCACUCUCGCGUGACAAUCUCGAAUCGCUUAUCGGUCCAUCGGAAUUCGAUAGCCAAUUCGACAACCCGCUGACCGGAAAAAUCGAUAACCUCAUGGAGGGUCUUUACCUGCGUACCGAAGCGGAUGGCGUAGUGACCAAUCGCUCGAAGUUUGUACGACCUGAGUUCGUUGAAAAAAUCAAGCAGAGCACUCACUGGCAACAUAAAAAGAUGGAGCCAAACCUGCUCGCAGACGACAACGCGACUAGCAAUCAACUCAUUGACUGGGCCGAACGGCAACCCUGGGCCCAAGCGAUGAAGCAAUGCACCCAGGACACCGGCUGGCAUGCAGAGGGGGACGUUUGGACGCACACGAAGAUGGUUCUCGCGAAAGUCGAGCAACUUGAUGAGUGGAGCGACUUGUCGCUGCGUGAACAGACCAUUCUGCGGUUCACUGCGUUGCUACAUGAUUCAGCCAAGCCGCUAACCACACAAAUCGAUCCUGCGACUGGCCGCACGACCUCGCCAAAGCACUCUGUCAAAGGCGAGCAACUCGCCCGCAGUGUGCUUCGGGACCUCAGCUGCGAGUUAUCGCUUCGUGAAGAGAUUGCCAGAAUGGUUCGCUAUCACGGGCGGCCUGCGUUUCUGCUUGAACUACAUGAACCCACACACGAGGUGGCGCGCGUGUCGUGGUAUGUUUCCAACAAAUUGCUGCACCUGUUCGCAGUGGCCGACACACGUGGACGCACCACUGCAGAGAGAACGCGACCCGAGGAGAAUGUUCAUCUCUGGAAGAUGAUGGCAGAGGAGCAAGGCUGCCUCGACCGGCCUUAUCCUUUCGGCAAUGAUCACGCCCGGUUCUUGUUCUUCCGCCAACAAGAACCGAAUUUGCAUUACAUCCCGCACGAAGACUUCUCGUGUACCGUGACGAUGAUGUCUGGCUUACCAGGCAGUGGUAAAGACUUAUGGCUGUCGCGUCACAUGCCAGAUACCCCGGUCGUGUCGAUCGACGACCUUCGGGACGACAUGGGGGUCGCACCCACGGAGAACCAAGGAAAGGUCGUACAAGCCGCUCGCGAGCGAUGUCGGGAUCUGCUGAGGUCGAAGACAUCAUUUGCAUUCAACGCAACGAAUGUCGUCCGUCAGACGCGGCAACGGUGGACAGACCUAUUCUCCGACUACCACGCCCGUAUCCAGUUGGUCUACAUCGAGCCGCCACUAGAAAAGAUCCUGAGCCAGAACUCCGGUCGCUCUAACCCGGUCCCAGAGGCGGUCAUCCUUCGCCUCGCGGAGAAAACUGAAGUGCCAACUUGGGCCGAGUGCCACGAUUUGAAGGUAAUCAGCAGUGCCAGCGACGGCUGA